AUGAGCGAACCCAUUCUGCCGCGGUCUACGCCAACAACCCAAGAGGCAGCAGACGCCCUGGACGACGCUUUGGAUCGCCUACUGGAGCACACCCAGAGAUACAUGGAGCUCACCACGAAGAGCAACGAAGCUUUUGCCAAUGGAUUUCAUUCCCUUUCACGAGCCCGAAUGCACCUGGGCUCUGCAGGAUGGAACGCCUUGGGCGGAGAUGGAUGGGAUGGGAGGUUGAGGGCACAGAUUGGAUGCAAGAUCGAGGCGGAUGACGGCGGAAAGGUCUACAUCAGAUUAGCGAGGAGAAGCGUGGCGCAGGAUUCCAACGAAGCGAGUGCAGAUGGGGAGACUGAUGUCGGGAGUGAGAGCACUCAGCGCACUGUGGGCUUGAGAAGGAGGACGGGGAAGCGUGAUGCGAUGGAAGAGCCGCAAAAGAUUGGGGCGAGAAGCGCGUCAGUAGCACAACCUCAGGACAGUGCAGAAGCCGAGAAGGUGGACAAAUGUGAUGCAAAGAAAGCGUCAGCAGUUGAGGAGCGUCACGAGCCUGCGUCAAAGAAGAGGGCAAAGCAAGAGCCAGAUCCUCUAUAUCAAUUUGCUGCCUUGCCCCCCGCCUCUCUGAGGUCGGCUCAAGCAUCCUUUCGAACGGCGCUUGACCAUCUGCUGGGGAGCGUAGAGGGAAGCGUCGAUGCCUCUAUGGACACCGGCAAAGGAACGCCGAGCGUCAUGCAGCUAAGUCAAAGCCUGAAGCAGUUCGAGAAGGACAUCAAGUUUGAUAUUUCAAGCAAUGCGGCGGCGGACUGA